CGCGCGCCGUUUCCGGUCCCCGGCGCCAGAGCGAAUGACUUACCCCUCCGUGGGGCCGGACCCGGGCUCACCGCGACCCCCGGGAGCCCACGAUCGCGCGGCGCCAGCCGGCGAGUACACCAGCACCAGCAUCUCACCCGCCCCCGGGACCAUGGCCACUGACUCGUGGGCCCUGGCGGUGGAUGAGCAGGAAGCGGCGGCCGAGUCGUUGAGCAACUUGCAUCUUAAGGAAGAGAAAAUCAAACCAGAUGCCAAUGGUGCUGUUGUCAAGACCAAUGCUAAUGCAGAGAAGACAGAUGAAGAAGAGAAAGAGGACAGAGCUGCCCAGUCCUUACUCAACAAGCUGAUCAGAAACAACCUGGUCGAUAACAGAAACCAAGUGGAAGUCCUGCAGCGGGACCCAAACUCCCCGCUCUACUCGGUGAAGUCCUUUGAGGAGCUCCGGCUGAAGCCGCAGCUUCUCCAGGGAGUCUACGCCAUGGGCUUCAACCGUCCAUCCAAGAUACAAGAGAACGCAUUGCCUUUGAUGCUUGCUGAGCCCCCACAGAACUUAAUUGCCCAGUCUCAAUCUGGUACUGGUAAAACAGCUGCCUUUGUGUUGGCCAUGCUCAGCCAUGUAGAAGCUGCAAACAGAUACCCACAGUGUCUGUGCCUCUCCCCAACGUAUGAGCUUGCCCUCCAAACGGGAAAAGUAAUUGAGCAGAUGGGCAAAUUUUACCCUGAACUGAAGCUAGCUUAUGCUGUUCGAGGCAAUAAAUUGGAAAGGGGUCAGAAGAUCAGUGAGCAGAUUGUCAUUGGCACCCCUGGAACUGUUCUGGACUGGUGCGCCAAGCUCAAGUUCAUCGACCCCAAGAAGAUCAAGGUGUUUGUUCUGGAUGAGGCUGACGUGAUGAUAGCUACUCAGGGCCAUCAAGAUCAGAGCAUUCGCAUCCAAAGGAUGCUGCCCAGGAACUGCCAGAUGCUGCUUUUCUCUGCCACCUUCGAAGACUCUGUAUGGAAAUUUGCCCAGAAAGUGGUCCCAGACCCCAACAUCAUCAAACUGAAGCGUGAGGAGGAGACACUGGACACCAUCAAGCAGUACUACGUGCUGUGCAAUAACAGAGAUGAGAAGUUCCAGGCCUUGUGUAACCUGUACGGGGCCAUCACCAUUGCUCAAGCCAUGAUCUUCUGCCAUACCCGCAAAACAGCCAGUUGGCUGGCAGCAGAGCUGUCCAAAGAAGGCCACCAGGUGGCCCUGCUGAGCGGCGAAAUGAUGGUGGAGCAGAGGGCUGCGGUGAUUGAGCGCUUCCGAGAGGGCAAAGAGAAGGUGCUGGUGACCACCAACGUGUGUGCCCGCGGCAUCGACGUUGAGCAGGUGUCCGUCGUCAUCAACUUCGACCUUCCAGUGGACAAGGACGGGAACCCGGACAACGAGACCUACCUGCACCGGAUCGGGCGCACUGGCCGCUUCGGCAAGAGGGGCCUGGCCGUGAACAUGGUGGACAGCAAGCACAGCAUGAACAUCCUCAACAGAAUCCAGGAGCAUUUUAAUAAGAAAAUAGAAAGAUUGGACACAGAUGAUUUGGACGAGAUUGAGAAAAUAGCCAACUGAGAAGCCCCACCAGUCCCUGGUGCCCACCCUCGGCACCCCCCCUACAUGGCAGACUAGUAGUGCUUUCACAUAGAGGCCUCAACCGUCACCAUGAAGAUGAAGGCACACGUAGAGAGAAACUACCUACCUCAUUUUAAAUUACGUUUGGACUCAACAGAAAUUGUGCAAAUGAUGGGGGAAGGUAGAAACAAUUGUUGACACAACUUUUGAAGAUUAGGCGUGAAUACACAGAAAUUUACCUUUUGGAAAUUCCGUCUUUUUUUUUUUUUGGCCAGUGUUUUCCCCAGUGUUACACUAAUCUAGAUCCUGUGGCUAAUCACUUGCUCAGGAGCUAUCUGGCUGUCCCUGCCUGUCCUUGGGCCCUAGUGGAAGUGACAGAAUACAGGUGAAGAGGGGACACAGAGAGGCCCAAGUAGGAUAGGUGUGUAAGCCACGCACCAUGUUUGGAGUAAGGUGUGAGGCGGCAGAGGAGACCUAUGAGCUGCUGCUUUGGGUUCUGAGCGUUGUUAGCGCACUCUGUCCUGAUGCCCACAGCAGGAAGGGAUUUGCUAAGCAUGGACCAAAUGCCAAACUGGGAUCUUCAGUGUACGCAAGUCUGUGUCGCAGGACCAUGCCCCACACAAGCAGCUUGUGGGGGUCCCUUGCUUGUGGGUGACCAAGUCCUGAGAAGUCAUUGUGGAGAAUUAGUGCUGGCUCCAGCCUGCUAUAAAACCUGGUUUUGCAGGCACUUGCUCAUAUUUUUUAGGUCCCUGCCAUCACCUUAACCCCUCAGUAGCCCCAGGCAAAUAAAAGGUGAUCUGAGGUUUGGAUCAUCAGUGAAAACUCGUUUCAACUCACGAAGGGCCAGCUUCAAGGCAGCCUCAGAAGUAAUCUGCAGUAGUCACAAAUGCUUGCUUUGUUUUCAGAUCCCAGAAGGCAAGUUUUUUAAGAGCUGGGGAAUGAGUUCCAAUAUUUGGUGUUUUGGUUGUAAAGGGAUACUGAACAUUUGUGUUUAGUGCUUGGAAUACAAGUGCAACUAAGGGACUAGGUGGACUACAGCCGUUCAUCUGUGCAAGGCAAGAGUAACUGCCAAGACAUUUACUCCAUCCUUCCUUACUCGGCAUCUUUGUGCAGAGUAGUUAGAGCAAAUAAUAGUAAUGGACAUUCCUGGACAAGACUAGUGGUGUCCACGAGGUGACAGUGCAAAGACGAGACUGAGGUGCAAAACCAAUAUGCAACCCCAGCCAAAAGGAGUCCUGUUCUUAGACUUUGACACAGAAUGGCCACUUCACCUAGGACCAGGCUUGGAAGAGGGCUAGCUCUGUCUCCUGGAGAAGGAAGAAGCCACUACCAGCUUCUAGGUGGUUACCUUAAUCUAACAUUACAGAUACUGCAGAGAAACUGACACUCUGCCAGUCCUCCACAUUCCUCCACUGGGCACUAGAGUCUUUAUGCUUCUGGCCAACUUGGACCAACUUUGGGAGUCUUAGAAGAAAUUUAACUGCCCCACUCUCAAAGUCCUAUGGACCAACCCUGACAUAAAGAGAAACGAAGGCAAUAAUUAAAGGACUGUAAACUCACAAGGCUGCAGGCCAAGCAUACCCCCACCUCACAACACGUAUAACCCAUCUACUGAGUAGCCCUAAAGCUGGGCAGGAAAAUGGGAAGGCAAGUGCCCCAGUCUCCUCAAUUGUAGGAGUAGAUGGGCAUCUGGUAGAAAUCUAGAUCACCAUUCUUAAUCUGGGGGCUUGGACCCCUUAGAAUUCACUGGGUGGGUUUUGUAGAGUCUGAAGUAUAUGCAGUACUUUGAAUUUAAAUGCAUCUUCCUGGAGAGAAACUCCCAAAGGAGUGUGUGUGUUUUAAAAAGGUAAGAGUCACUGUCAUGCAUGGCUCUGGAACGUGUCCCCAGUGUCACUGCAGUCCAUGUUCCUUCGCAGACCGUGUUCUUUGCCUCCAGUGUUUGGCCCCCAGGGCUCAAUGGACCUCAGCUGCUUCUGUGACCGUGUCCAAUUCUGAGACAUCGGUGACAUAAAAUGUAUUGAGCCCUUGGUGAACUUGAGGCCACAGGGUUUCUUCUACUGUUUUUAGUAAGUUUCUCUAUAUGCAAUGAUAAACUGUGCCCUAGAACACAGAAUUCACUUGGGAAAAGGAGAUUUUGGUCUAAAGAAAGAUUCUGGAUAUGUUCAUUAUCCAUACACAUAAACAAUGGAUUUUA